UUUUUGAAUCUGACAAGAAGGAAUUUAUGCAGGCCGCAGGAAUAGUCAUAACCACUGUGCAUGUGGUAAUGUGAGGCAAUGCUUAUCACGCCGAGUCGUCCGCCAUGGCUCGGGGUGUCAGCGAGGAGGAGUUCGACGCGGCUCGACCGCGGAGAAGGAAACCAACGGAGAGAGUGGACCAAGAUCGUUGUACUCCUGUAAAGCCGAGUGCUAGGGAGAGUAGUGGCAGUACUCCUCACGGUGCCCCCAAUCGUAAUCAGCCUUCUCUGGAGAAGCUGGCAGGAGAAUUCUGGCUGACUCGGAUUGUUUUCUUGCGACUGCUGGGACUGAUAUACUUCGUUGCAUUCCUGGUGGCACUGCACCAGAAUCGUCAGCUGAUCGGCAAGAGGGGACUUCUGCCGGCAGAUCUGUACUUGAAGCGUGUACUCGAUCAUUUCGGGGAGCUCAACUAUAACGCCGUAAGUGCUGCUCCCACCGUCCUGUGGUUCUUCAACUGGCAACAUGACAUCGACUACCUGCUGGACCAGCUUGCUCUGUGCGGCCUGCUCGUAUCGGCACUGGUCAUGCUGCGCGGUGCUGCCAACAUGCCUAUGAUGGCUUUGCUGUGGGUGCUCUACCACUCCAUCGUCGCCGUUGGCCAGACCUGGUACUCAUUUGGGUGGGAGUCGCAGCUGCUUGAAACUGGAUUUCUUGCCAUCUUCCUCGUGCCAGUCUGGUCCUGGCGGAGAUUUCCGGACAGUUGUCCAACGCCAUGGGUUGCAAGGUGGGGCUACCGUUGGCUGCUGUUCCGCAUCAUGCUGGGAGCGGGUUUGAUCAAGGUACGCGGUGACCAGUGCUGGCAUGAUCUGACCUGCAUGAACUAUCACUAUGAGACUCAACCUGUGCCCAAUCCACUCAGCUACUACUACCACCAGUCACCGCAAGUGGUGCAUCAAUUUGAGACAGCCUCCAAUCACGUAGUCGAGCUGAUCUGCCCCUUCCUGUUGCUGUUGCCGUUUCGACGCCUCUGUGCACUUGGUGGUCUUGUCCAGCUUUUGUUUCAGAUUGUUCUUAUCAGCAGCGGCAACCUCAGCUUUCUCAACUGGCUGACGCUGAUUCCGUCCGUCUUCUGCUUCGACGACGCCACACUCUCUUUCCUGUUUCCCGCUAGCACGCUGAGAGAACGCCAGCGUACUCUUGCCAAGAACAGGAAAGGAGUCGGUUACUACAGCCGUCAAGUGGUGUCACUGGCUGUGGCUGGGCUCAUCGCCUACCUCAGUGUGCCGGUCGUGCAGAAUCUACUGUCUGCGCGACAGGCCAUGAACACGUCGUUCGAGCCGCUGAGAAUCGUCAACACCUACGGAGCGUUCGGAAGGUACUCGCCCGUGCCCUGCGUGUGUCCCAUUACCGUUGAUUGUCACAUGUGUUGCAGCCGUGCCUGGAAACACAGACAACACCUACUGUGUUUUCCAGAGUAUAGUGCGCGUUUUAGAUGCGCUACGUCGAGUUCUAAAUUGUGAAGGGUGCGCAUUAUACUCUGCCGCUGGUGAAG